CCUCCUCUUCCUCCUUUCUCUAAAUCUGUGACUAAACACGGCAGCUGGCUGUUCUUAGUCUUCUUCUUCUUCCUCCUAUUUUGAAAUUUGAUCUUUUUCUUUGUUUAAUUGGGCUUUUUCUUUUCUUUUCUUUUGCUUUUCGACCGUUGAAGCCAUUUAAAUUUCAAAACUACUGACAGCUGUGCGCGCGCGAGCGACAGAGAAACCGUUAGAGAGCCAAGCAGCCCGCGCGCGCGUUUUACGUUGGAUUUGUGGAAGGUAGAGAAAAAAAAAAAACACCUGAAACUGACGAGGCAGCAAAAUGAAAGGACUGAAGAGAAUUCGUAAUGCAGAUCGAAUGUACAGAACUUCCGUCAGCUACGCCAGCCACACUGCUACUAAGGGUGUCCGAGAUGACACCGACACCAACAAUGAACAUGGACAUUUGAAAAUCUACCUGCCUAAGAAGCUGCUCGAAUGUCUGCCCAAAUGCUCCUCCCUGCCCAAGGAGAGACAUCGGUGGAACACCAAUGAGGAAAUCGCUGCUUACUUGAUAUCAUUUGAAAAGCAUGAAGAGUGGCUAACGACAUCCCCUAAAACCAGGCCACAGAAUGGGUCUAUGAUCCUAUACAACAGGAAGAAAGUGAAGUACAGGAAAGACGGCUACUGCUGGAAGAAGAGGAAAGAUGGCAAAACCACGCGGGAGGAUCACAUGAAGCUGAAAGUGCAGGGAGUCGAGUGUCUGUACGGGUGUUACGUCCACUCCUCCAUAAUCCCCACCUUCCACCGCAGGUGUUACUGGCUGCUCCAGAACCCAGACAUCGUUCUGGUCCACUACCUUAACGUUCCGGCCAUAGAGGAUUGUGGGAAGCCAUGCGGUCCAAUCCUGUGCUCCAUCAACACAGACAAGAAGGAGUGGGCCAAAUGGACCAAGGAGGAGCUCAUCAGCCAGCUCAAGCCCAUGUUUCAUGGCAUCAAGUGGACUUGCAGCAACGGGAACAGCAGCACCGGCUUCUCGGCUGAGCAGCUGGUGCAGCAGAUCCUGGACAGCCACCAGACCAAGCCACCUCCCCGGACUCACAACUGCCUCUGCACGGGGACGCUGGGUGCUGGUAGUAGUCUGCAUCAUAAGUGUAACAGUGCCAAACACCGCAUCAUCUCCCCGAAGGUCGACCCACGCUCUGGAGGUGCAUACAGCAGCACUCACUCUGAAGUCCAGAACAGUGAUGUGUCUGAGGGCAAGACCGAGCACACCCAUGGAGCAGGCAAAAACGGCAGGGCAACGGGCGAUGGACCGGGUGGAUCAACUGCACGAGAAAAGAGGAACAGCAAAGGACCGAAACCGGCUCUACUUCAUCAGAACAGUAUGGAGGUGUCCUCCACCAACCAGGUUGAGGUGCCAGACACUACCCAGAGCUCUCCUGUCUCCAUUAGCAGCGGGCUAAACUCUGAUCCAGACAUGGCCGAUAGCCCAGUGGUGACAGGUAUGAGUCAUGUGGCCUCCGUCAUGAGCAGCCUCUCCCAGUCCGCCACUGUCUUCAUGUCAGAGGUCACCGGUGAUCCCGUCUACAGCAUGUCUCCCACUGGAGAUCCCAGUGCUCAUCUCCUAGGCCCUGACACAGCCUCAAGCAGCUUGGUGCUGGCAGUUGCUGCUGACAGUCACAAAUUUGCUUUUCCUGGGGCUGUGGGUGUGGGUUUAGGAGAUGUAGGGUCUACAGAGAGGUUGGCUAUGCUUUCUGCAGCUAGUAUGUCAGAAGAGCUUGUCCUUUCUAGCAGCCUGGAGUCUGGGAGCAUCAAGCUGCCUGAAACCACCAUGAACUUUGACCCAGACUGCUUCCUCAACAACCCCAAGCAGGGCCAGACAUAUGGAGGAAAUGGGCUAAAGACAGAGGUCAGCAAUGCAAGCAGUUGUAGCAACGGAGGAGUCCGCUGUUCACCUCCUCUCGCCGACAAUGGUUAUGGCUUCAACGCUUCACUGGUCAAGAAUAUAAAGACGGAGGACACGUCAUUUGAGCAGCAGCUGGCCAAAGAAGGUGGUUACCAGGUCGGAGAGGUGGUCAGUGGUGCAGGUAGCCUGUCCAACUCCUCCGGGAGUGGCUCUACCCAGAGUUCCCUAGCUCUGACACCAACUAGCUCAUUGCUCCCGUCUGGGGGUGGCCUAAGCCCUAGCACCACACUGGAGCAGAUGGAUUUCAGCGCCAUUGAUGCCAAGCAGGACUUCUCUUCUACCAUGAUGUCUGCUACAAACUAUGGUCAAGCUAUACCCAGCCCUCAGCUGGCCCACCAGAGCCACUCUCCCAGCUUCUUCCUGCAGGGCUCACCCCAGUCCACUCAGACACAAACCCACCAGAACACAAGCACUUCUGCUCAGACCUCACACGACUCCACUGCUUUCAUGGGUAUGUCCGUAGUCAAGACUGAUUCAACAGGCACCAAUGGGCAUCACCACCACCACCGCCAUGCUCAUCAAGGCCAGCACACUGCGUCCAACUGCAACGGCAGCUCUCCAGCUGAGAGUAAUGGUCAAGGUGGCACUCUGCACCUUCUGCAGUACCAAAACCGCUUUGCAGGUGCCAGCAAAGAACACGAGGAGGUUGGAAGUCUGGAACAACCAACCAACUCAGAAGGACGGGACACAGGUGGGCAAGAAAAGGAGACAGAAGACUUGCUGAAGGCAGGAGAUCACCUGCAACACUGUGUGGGAAAUGGGGCAGACGGCAAUGGAGCUACAGAGCACUACCUCCAACAACCAGAGAGCACCACCUUGGGAGCAGGAGGAGCUGGAGGAACAGGAACAGGUACUAAUAGUGGAACCCUGUGUAACGGCACCGAUGGCAGUAGGGCAACUGGCAGUCCACAUCAGCAGCUCCAGCCUCUCCUACAGGGAGCAGGGCUUGUCCAGGGGCUUUUUAACAACAUGGCAGCCCACCAGGCUCUGGCCACAAAUGGAGCCAAUGGAGGAGGAUCCAUGGAGAUCAGCCUAGAUCACUUUGACGUCUCCUUUGGGAAUCAGUUUUCAGACCUCAUCAACGAUUUCAUUUCAGUAGAAGGAGGAAACAGCGCAGCAAUCGGGGGACAAACGGGCAACACACUCUACAGCCAUCAGAUAAUUGCCCACUCAGGCACAGAAGGGCAAGUGUCAUCUGGAGCAACCACCCAACAGGUUGCUGAAGAAGGACCCACCCAUGGAGCUGCAGGGUACAACUCUGCAGAACUCUGCCUUCAGCCGUGUUGCAGCCCCCAGUCGGCCCAGCCCGGGGCAUUAGGAACAGACACUGGGCAGUUGGCAUACAUGCAAGUAGAGGAGGUAGUGUCUGCAGCUGUGGCUCAUGGGACCAUGGGGAUGCUUCAGAACACUGGGGGACUGUUUGUGGUGACAGACUAUUCACCAGAGUGGUCUUACCCAGAGGGUGGAGUGAAGGUUUUAAUCACAGGACCAUGGCAGGAGGCCAGCAGUGACUACACUUGCCUGUUUGAUCAGAUCACGGUUCCUGCCUCGCUCAUUCAGCCUGGAGUGCUGAGAUGUUACUGCCCAGCUCACGACACAGGCCUGGUGACCCUUCAGGUGGCAGCCAGCAGUCAGAUCAUCUCCAACUCGGUGGUGUUUGAAUAUAAAGCUCGUGCUCUCCCUGCCCUGCCCACCUCUCAGCACGACUGGCUCUCCCUGGACGACAACCAAUUCAGAAUGUCGAUCCUGGAGCGCCUGGAGCAGAUGGAGCGCAGAAUGGCCGAGAUGUCCGGCCAGCAGCAGCAGCAAGGCAGUGGUGGAACAUCUGAAAGUGGAGUAACAGGGGGAGGAGGUGGAGGAGGUGGAGGAGGAGGAGGAGGAGAAGGAAGAGGCAAUGCCGACCAGACACAGCAAUCCCCGGGUCAGAGUCAGAGCCAGGGACAAGCUGGAAGCUCCUUUGAGAGUCGUGUGGUGGUGGUGUGUGAGAAGAUGAUGAACCGCGCCUGCUGGGCAAAAUCCAAGCACUUAAUCCACUCCAAAACUUUCCGGGGUAUGACCCUGCUCCACCUGGCAGCUGCCCAGGGUUACGCCAACCUGAUCCAGACCCUCAUCAAGUGGCGCACUAAGCAUGCAGACAGCAUUGACCUGGAGUUAGAGGUGGAUCCUUUGAAUGUCGACCACUUCUCCUGCACCCCAUUGAUGUGGGCUUGUGCUUUGGGUCACACGGAGGCAGCAGUGGUUUUGUAUAAGUGGGAUCGGCGUGCCCUGGCUAUCCCCGAUUCUCUCGGACGCUUGCCAUUGGCCACAGCCCGAUCCCGGGGCCACACCAAGCUGGCGGAGUUUCUGGAAAAUCUUCAGAGGGAAGAACAGCAGCAGCAGACGUCCGCUGCCAGCAUGUCUUUCUCCUCAUCUGCGGAAAGCUCCACCACAGAGGGCUGGAUGAAUGUUUGGGGAAGUGAGGCUGCUUCUGGAAUAAGAGGGAGCAACAUCGCUAGCUCUGUGCCAAGCUCAAACCAAGAUUUGAGGAGACCCAGGUCUGAAUCUUCCAGUUUCUACAACAGUGAAAGCCAAGGCGAUGCCCCAUUAACCAAGAAACACAAACCCAAUCCUGAGAUCCACCAAGCAAGGCCAAGCAAGCCUGGUUCUACCCCUCUCGGUUUAGGAGAGCAAGUCCACAAGGCUAAAACAUGCCCUGCUAAAGCAGCCAGAGCAGGUACGGUGGACAAAGAGUCAGGAAAAGGAGACAAGGCUCAGACAAAGCUGGGCUCAGCUUGCGGAGGUGGGCGAUGGAGUGGCAGACAGACCGCAGGUCGCAGAGGGCCAAUUGGAGGACUUGCUAAAGAAAGGUUGGCAAACAGGCUGAGGUUACGAGAAGCAUCCGGUACAGGAUCAGUCUCUGAGCUUCUGGUGGGCCAAGAGGAUCUGGAGAACACAGGAGACCUACAGUUGAAUAUGAUGACUUUGGCCGAGCAUAUCAUUGAAGCAACGCCUGAUCGCAUCAAGAGUGAAAACUUCGUUGCCACAGAGUCAGCACCCCUGGAUAGUGUUGAGGUCAACAGCACUAUGAGUUGGUUAGCUACUUACCUUGGAGAUGCAGAAAGGUUCUUAUACAGCAAACCGCUGGUGUGCGCCACAGGAUUGGGCGGUGGCCACGCUGGCAGCCACCCGGAAUCUGAAGGCCCUUUCGGAAAACUUGGACUUCCAUCUCCAGCAGACUGGAGUGCAUUUCUUAACAUCUCUCACAGCAAAAAGGAGCGGGAUCUAACCCAGCUGGCCCUGUCCGACCACGAGCAGAGAGAGCUGUACGAGGCAGCGCGCCAAGUCCAGAGCACCUUCCGCAAGUAUAAGGGGCGUCCACUAAGAGAACAGCAGGAACUGGCAGCUGCUGUUAUUCAGCGCUGUUAUAAAAAGUACAAACAGGUAAGCUCACAACCUAGGAGAUGUUAUCCUGUAUACUGCUUUACUCUAGUCAGUAGUCGAUAUGACUAUUUGUUUGGUAUACUUUCAUCUCCUUCCUCUUUCUUCCACAAGCUGACAUGGAUAGCCUUGAAGUAUGCACUUUAUAAGAAGAUGACGCUGGCCGCCAUCCUAAUACAGAGUAAAUUCCGCAGCUACUAUGAGCAGAAGAAGUUCCAGCAAAGUCGUCGGGCAGCCAUGCUAAUCCAGCAAUACUAUCGCAGCUACAAGGAGCUGGGCCGACCCAACUCGCACUCUCACGCCGCUGCAGCUGCAGCCCUAGUGCAGCACAAACUCAGAAGUGGUCUGCUCACCAAGAGGCAGGACCAGGCCGCCAGGAAAAUCAUGCGAUUUCUACUCCGAUGUCGCCAUAGGGCGAGAGAACUGAAAAAGGCCAAGGAACAUGAGAGCUCGCCAAAGAGCCCCGUCACAAUGUAACGUCCACCUCCAGUCCAGACUGUUUCCCUUUUCCUCUUUCUGUUUUUACACGAAACGAACAAUUUACCAAAAGGCGAAAACUAUUCAAGAAAAAAAAAAAAAAAACAGAAGCGAGAAGAUAUUAAGAACAUGUGAACAUGUGAACAUGUGACGGUUACAUCAUUACUGAUUCUGUCGACCCUGGUACUGCCACAGCAUUGUGUAUUUUUCCUCUCCAUUGGGGAAUGUGGGGAGUUCUGCGUAAAACAAAGACUAUAUCUGGGAAAUAAUGACAUCCUCAUGCCAUUUUUUGCACUCUUCAUAUUUUUUUUUAAAUUGAGGAACGUUUACGGUGGAGCUGAACGCUUUUUUUUCCUGACAGCACUUGUAAGAUAAGAAAGAUGACGAGAUUAAGAAACACAUUGCAUUAAUGUAAUCAUGCUGGAUUCUGCUUAUGAUUAUUACGUUUUUAUAUUUUGAACGAAAGGGGGAAAAACAACAGAUUUGAACAACAAAAAAAGAACAAAAAUGACAAAAGCAAACCAAAAAAAUGGUCUCAUCUCAUUGAUCAUGUGCAUGCAGAGUUUUCCGUCAGCUCAAUGUAUAUCAACUCUUUGUUUCUUACUAGUCCGUCCUUUCAUCCGGUGAAAAGGGGAUGGGCUGCACAUGAAUGUAGACCGGGGUUAGGUUUUAAAAGAAAAAAAAUUCUGGGUUUGAAAUAUCAGUGUCUUACUUUUUGUGGUUUUGGAGUAAGUCACCAUUUGGGACAGAGCCGAAUCUCUGUUGGGUAACUGUUUGUGUGCACUGUUUUUUGACUUUCUAAACGAGUCCUUUUCUUAACGUCACCUUUCGCUGGCCUGACUUUGUGAGUCCCGUGUUUGCUGAAUUUUAAACCGGAAAUAGUGCAUGUAUUUGAGCCGAGUGCUCCUGCAUGCUGACAGAACUGUUUUGUGGGUUUUUUUGUGUUUAAUUAACCUCAGCAUCGUUUCUCUGUCCUGUCAUACAAAAUAUACACCUUUUUAAAUUUUUUUUUUUUUUUGCCUUACCUCAUUUACCUCUUCUUUUACGUGCAUUCUGCUUCCUAUAUUUUUAAACUGAAUUUAUUAUUUUUGUUGUAUAUUUGUCUCAUUGUGCCACAGAAACACUAUUUUUGCUGUAUGUUUGUGUGUGCGUGUGUGUUUGCUGACAAGGUUUCAGCACUUUACUUUGUUGCCGUUUUUUCCAGAAAGUUGUUAAAAGAUUUUCGUUUGGAGAUUCCCGUAACACUGACGUCUUAAAGACUUUUUAAAGGGUCCCUAUAAACAACCUCCAUAUUUUUGACUAAAGCGUGGUCCCUGUACAUAACAAAGACAAGAGGGAAGGUACACGGAGAGCCAGAACCCUUACCACAAGAGGAUUGUAUUUAAUAAUAUAUAUUAUUUUAUUCAUAAAAAACAUAAUAACAUGAUAAAGAGAUAGCAAAAAAAUAACAAAAAAAUAUAUUGUAUAGUUUUGUUUGAACGCCCGACAUGUACGGUUGUAUUGUUUGUAAAUACUGUAAAUAUCUGGUGCAAAAGAAGGAGCCAUGUGCAUGAAACCUUACGAUAAUGACACAGAGCAUAAUAUAAAGAAAAAAAUGUAGUGGUUAUGAUCUAAACAGAUUCAUUCAGUUUCAAUAUAAGAGCCUUUUAUUUGAAAUGUUCUUAUAAAGAGCAUUUAGUAAAGCAUGACUUUUUUGCAAAAUCAUGAUAAAACAUAGAGUUAGUGGAGACCCGAAAAAAAAAAUCUUCAGAUACGACUUGUUUAUAGAGUGACGAGAAGUUUGUAUACCCUUAUGAAUCAUCUGGAUUUCUGUAUCAGUGGCUCCAGAAAUGUGACGUGAUCAUGUGAUAAUAAAGGGAGUAUAAAUAAACACACGUGACAUUACACAUGUCCUUA